UUUUAGAGCCAUGGACUCGGACUGGGAAUCAACCUUUGAAUUUGUUUCCGAAACUGGACAAAUCAAAAAAAGAGGAUCAAAAACUUCGGAGCUCAAGCAAAAUGAGACAACUGAUGCAGUGGUUGUGAAUAACGAGAAGGUAAAGAAAAGAAGAAACUCUAAAGAUUCCCAUAUAGUUCUUGCAAAAGAAAUUUUCGCCGUUGCCUUUUUUUCAUUAGGCAUGUCAUGUCUCUUAAUGGCGGACGUCUCCACAUUUUUAUGGGGAAUAAAUAAUCCAAACUCCCAGCAAUCAAAAUCAAUUGGUUCUAACAUCGACCAAAUGUCUUCUGAAGAGUUCCAACAGAAAGUUCAUGAUUACAUGUCUGAAAUUCAACGUACAGGACGAGACAAAAGACCAAGCCGCCGAUUCGUUGAUUCUGCAAGAUUCUAUAUUCUGUCUGAAAUUGAACCAAUUGAGUUGGCACUUCGUAGAGAAUGGAUACCUGAUCAUUCAUUUUUCGAAGGAGUUCAAGAAUUUAUUCGUGGAAUGGAAUGGGAGAAUACUUUCGAAGAAGAACUUUUUGUUCGUGGAGUUCCAAAUUUUGACCAUGAUUUUGAGUCGGAAGAGAUGACUUUGAAGACAACAUUGGAUGGAAAGAACUAUAAUAAUCAGUUCUUGAAUCUAGGAAGAAAGGAGAUUAUUGGAAAACAUCAUUCAAUGGAAUAUUUCAUUUCUGGAAGAACUUUGAUUAGAUUGGUAAAGAACGAAGGCCAAGAACUAUCACGUACAGAAUAUUAUCUGAAACAUGGAGAUUUGCAUGUAUAUGACAAAAGAGGAAACUUAGAUUGUACCCGAGUAUAUCGUUCUCCUACCAUCUCUCCUAUGCUUCAAUCCAAAAUUCGUCAAUUUUAAUUUUCAUUUGUGACAGAGUUUUGCCUAAUGAUAUUCUAUUAGUCCCCGAUUCUUAUUUUUAAUGUAAAAUUCUGUUUUUUUUUUUUCGCUUUCCAUGUUUAAAUAUGUACAGUUUUUCUAUUUUUCUUUUCAAUAAAAACCAACAACAAACAUUUGAAAA